AAAUACAGCAAAUGUCAGCAAACGGGGAAUGUGUCAGGCCCGAGCAAUCGAACCAAACAACCCUGUUGUGCGUAAUAAUUAUUUGCAAAAUUUAGUUCCUCAUUUGUGGGCUCUAAACAGUGCUAGGAAGUAUUUCUACAGAUUCCAUUUUCUGCGACCGUCCGUAAAGUACCGGCGGACCGAUCGGGGCGGACGUGCAGUAACAAGUUGGUACGCGACUUUGGUCUGCAAAUCUAUUUUGAUGGCUGGCUGGCCGUAGUACGCCACUCAGCUUUGUGGCUGUGGCAGAAGCAAAAUAAUCAGAACAAGGCAAAAGGGUGGGAAAACAAAGUAACCCGGCGCCUAUUCAUCUCCCAAGCCCAAACUUCCCUUCCAACAGAGAAAAGGCUACUCUGAAAAAGCAGAAAAAAAACGCGAUGGAAGAAGACUCGCCCAAAAACAGCGAUAAUGAGGCGGAAGACAACAGCAGCCCGCGGAAGAAGGUGAAAACCGAUCAUGACCUACAGCAACCCUCGACGUCGGCCACCGGUGCAUCGACUUCAUCCGGCAAUGUGGCGGCAUCCACGUCUACCGCGACCGUGUCAGACAAAAGCGAUGAUCCCUCAGAACAGGAAAGCAAUCGACAGCGGGAACCGCUUGAUGAUACGCCGGAACGGGAGAUUGAUGAAGAUGACGCACUGCUGGCUGCUGCCGGCAUAUCACCUAGAUCGUCAGGUGACAGAAGUGACGCAGAAGACGAUGAAGCCCGUUCGGAUGAUGUGUUUAUACAGAAUCUGGAACGGUCUGUGGAACGAUUGCGGCGCAAUGUUCGCCGGCUAACGAACCGGCAUGAUCGGGCACGGAACGGUGGUGGCGAGAACGCGGCAGGUGAUGCUGCCCAGGCUGGCGGAAAUCCGGCUCCCAACAAUGCAAUCGACCGCGAGGCAUCUAAUCGUAUAAGAAAUCAGAUUGCCAAUAACAUAGCGCAGCUGUUUGCGCCGAACGUUUUCCGUGGAUACGACACGUCCGAGGACAGCAUCGACAGCAUCGAUGCGGCCGGGAAUGGCGAGGAGCAAGAGGAAGACAAUAGGUCACUGUUGUACGAUGGUGAAAAUGGGACGGAGAGUGACACAUCUUCGAACUCUGCCUCCACAUCUACCCUAUCGUCUAGCUCGGAAAGCUCCGUUUCCUACGGACACACAAGUGGUUCCGAAUACGAAUACGCCGACUUGCCAGUGCGAGACGAGCUGAAUGUGGACACGCUGGACUGUCUUAAGACCGCCUCCGUAAAGUGUAAAUGGAAUGUAGUGCGCGAUAUAUGCCAGCGGCAGCACGGCGUACGCUUCCACAAGCCACCCGCCACGGUCGGUAGAUACGAUCCGAGCCAAUUCCAAAAACGUGCCUACGGCUCGGUGAACCUGGUGCAACGGAUGGGCCUGCUGCACAAGCUCGUGCACCAUCGGGGUUGCGUGAACUGCUUAAACUUUCACCCGACGGGCAAACUGUUGGCCAGCGGUUCGGACGAUCUGCGCAUCAACCUGUGGAACUGGGAAACGAAGAAGCUGGUAAAGUCGAUCCGCAGCGGACACAAGAACAACGUGUUCCAGGCCAAGUUUAUGGUCUGCGAAGGGUACCGGGACAGCGACAUUGAGCUCAUCUCGACCGGGCGCGAUGGAUGCGUGCGCCACACGUUCGUCGCACCGUCGGGCCAUUCCACCACGAAUCAAAUCUUUCGCUCGUCGCACGCGAUCCACAAGGUGGCGAUACCGGCCCGCAACGAUCACGUGUUCCUGAUGGCCGGUGAGGAUGAAAUGGUGCGCCUGUGCGACAUGCGCCAGGGCAAGGUCCAGACGGUGGUCGACGUUGGGAAGCGGUUGUACAGCAUUGCCACGCACCCGUUCGAUUCGGACUUUUGUGUGGCCGGCAAUGGCGGUGCGGUGCGGGUGUACGACCUACGGCGUGCGCAGACCCCGAAGAAAAUGCUCGCACCGAAUGAACCGACCGAAAGGAGACUCCAUUCGAGUAUCACAUGCGCUGUGUACAACCACGAUGGGUCGGAGAUUCUGGCCAGCUACAGUGAGGGCGACAUACAUCUAUUUAAUCUGGCCGCAUCGGACUUUCCGCAGUUGUCAUCGACCCGUUUCCGGGGGCAUUGCAACAUAAAAACGAUCAAGGGCGUAAGUUUCUUUGGCCCACAUUCGGAGUACGUGGCGAGUGGUAGCGACUGCGGGUACAUCUACAUCUGGGAAAAGAGCAGUCAAUCCAUUGUGAACUGGUUGCGAAGCAAUCCGGGGGACGUUGUGAACUGCCUCGAACCACACCCCGAGUUUCCGAUACUGGCCAGCUCCGGGGUAGAGGAUGAUGUUAAAAUUUGGGUUCCUAAGGGGCUAAAGGACGAGCAGACGGCACCGCUGUUCGAUGCGAACGAUUUGAAGCGCUACGUACGGCGCAACCUUAACCACCGGAACAUCUAUCGAACGGAUUUUGGGUUGCGGGCGACACCACUGUCUCGCUUCUUUCCGACACUUACGUACCGGCGCCGUUCGGUCGCCCAUCUGAACAUAGACGAUGCGGUCGACGAUUUGCAGGAGCAGGACGACUACGAUCGGCCUGGCCGGUCGCGGCUCGAUUGUAGUCCCUCGUAAAUGAGCAUCUAUGUCGGUUGGGGUUUUGCGUCGACUGAUGAUAUAGCAUAAUGCGCGAGGUAUGCGAAAACAUGAAUGAAUUCCGAUUGAAAUAAACCGACACAGGGCCACCGAAAUUGUGGUUUUUGUA